UCUCUCUCUCUCUCUCUCUCUCUUUGUGUGGCACAGCACUCUCUUUAGAAACAAACUGCAAGUCUAAUCUCUGACCUAGUGUUUGGCUUUUUACUUUCUCCCUUAGUCAUCUUCUCGUCUGCAGGGGGUAAAUUUCUUGAUUUCCACUCACAGUCCUAAGGGGCUUUGUUAAAUCUUUCCACACAGUUUUCUUCUUGUUCUUCUCCUCUCUCUCUCUCUACAUAUAUACACACACAUAGAUAUAUAAGUUCUUAUUUGUGUUAUCAAUGUACCAAGGCAGCUACUAAACAAUAUUCCUGGGUAGAUCUUUAAAAAUGACAGAACCCUACUCAAAUUUCUUCACUGGAUGGUUCAACUUCCUACCUCUUCACUACCCGCACUACUCUUCCUCUUACUCUAACCCUUCUUCCUCCUACCCUCCUCAGUCUCACAACUUGUACUCAAACAACAACAAAUCUUCCAUUCGAAGUCAAAUCUCACCUCCCUCACCUCCAACACUAGUAGCCCUUCCUCUUCUAAACAACCUAAGCACCGCAGCACAAGAUCACCAUGAGUCUUCUUCAUGCAGUGCCACUGCGAGUGCGAGUGCGAGUGCGAGUGCUAUGGAAUUAGAUGACAAGAUCAAGUCCAGGGACGCUGAUGAUGAAAGUGUAACUGUAGCCCUACAUAUAGGGCUCCCUAGCCCUAGCCCUAGUUCUGAUUUAGUAUCUCCUUCAGAGGUGACCAAAAAUGAAGGUGUUCAUGUAGUUUCAGGGUAUCCUUUGAACAAAUUAAACAAGGAUCCGUACUGGAUUCCUACUCCAUCACAGAUUCUCAUUGGUCCUACACAGUUCUCAUGUCCUCUUUGCUCUAAGACCUUUAACAGAUACAACAACUUGCAGAUGCAUAUGUGGGGACAUGGAUCUCAAUAUAGAAAAGGACCAGAGUCAUUGAGGGGUAUCCAACCGACUGCUAUGCUAAGACUCCCUUGCUAUUGUUGUGCACCGGGGUGCAAGUACAACACUGAUCACCCAAGAUCAAGGCCACUCAAAGAUUUCAGAACUCUGCAAACACAUUACAAGAGAAAGCAUGGGACCAAACCCUUCACUUGUACAAAAUGUGGCAAGCCAUUUGCUGUGAAAGGUGAUUGGAGAACCCAUGAGAAGAAUUGUGGCAAGAUUUGGUAUUGCAUUUGUGGUUCUGAUUUUAAGCACAAGAGAUCUCUGAAAGACCACAUUAAGGCCUUUGGUUGUGGCCAUGGAGCUUUUGAUAGUAAGUGCUUAGAAGAUCAGGACGAACCAACAUCUGAGAUUGAUCAAGAUGGUGAGUCCUCCAUGUGAAACAAUAGAAUAUAAGUUUUGGACAUAUAAAAUCUUUUACUCCUUUGUCUUUGAGUGCACAUUAAACUUUUGUUUAGUUGUUGUUCAGCUUCUUCUGCUCCUUUCUAUACCUAAGAAUACUUUUCUAGCCUGAUCAGGUUGGAACAAGUGUCUGUAAACUAUUUUGUCUACAAUGAUAUGUGUGUGGGAGAAUUGGGAUUUGAUUCUACUAUGUCAUUCAUCUUUUGUGGAAAUUUUU